UGCGUUCAGCGGAAACCAAUUAUACCUUACCGAGUCGUAAUUGACUUGUUAUUUAUUUAUGACGCGCGUUGAUAGCGCGUCUAUCGUUAAACAGUUAUUUAACUUUCUAAUUAAAUCGUGCAUAUACACUUACUAUACAGUGUGAACAAUAAAAAUUAUGAUUAUUAUCCUGUUACGUGCGUUUGACAAUGUUGUUUUACCAUGCUAGAUUAACGCCGUCACAAUCUUGAUCUCGAUCAAAUUAAAAAUCCGCUCAUACUGUAGAUAGAUGAGUUCAAGCAUGUGUAAUUAUGUGCAAACGCCUAUCGAGUAUUGAAGCAUUUAACAUUUUGAACUUUGCAGUCACACGCUGGCAUGUGGCUGGGGCAAUUUAAGAACACAUUUCAUAUUCAAUUAGUUAUGCUUCUUCAGUGAAAUUAAUCAAUUGUUUUUUUUUUCUUCUAAAUUUUCGGUUGUCAACACAUCUUCGUAUCACAUCUCUUCCUUCGUUUUGGCACAUACAUUCAUUUCAAUUUUCAAAAUUCUUCGUUGAAAAUGAGUAAAAAACAGCAAUUGCAAGUUCUUGAAAAAGCAGUUAAAAACUAUCCUGAUUUUCCAAAGGAAGGCAUUAUAUUUAGAGACAUUUUUGGAAUUAUGCAAGAUGUUCACGCUUUACAGGCUUUGAGAGAUCUAUUAGUCGAACAUGUUGCACUAAUGGACAUAGACUGCGUGGUAGGUUUGGACUCUAGAGGAUUUUUAUUGGGUCCACUUUUAAGUGUAGAACUGGCCAAACCUUUCAUACCAAUAAGAAAAAAAGGUAAACUACCUGGAAAAAUUUUCAGUGAAAACUAUGUCAAAGAAUAUGGAGAGGAUACUUUUGAAAUACAAGCCUCUGGAAUCAAAGGAAAAAAAAAGGCUCUACUUGUGGAUGAUUUGUUGGCAACUGGAGGUUCAAUGUCAGCUGCUGAGCUGCUUUUAAGCAAAGUUGGAGUAAAUGUGGUUGAAUGUCUUGUCGUAAUGGAACUUAAAUCAUUAAAUGGCCGUAGCAAAAUUAAAGCACCAGUACACUCCUUGUUAAAAUAUGAUUAAAACAAAGCAAUUUACAGUUUUGAAACAUUUACGAUUUAGGCAAAUGUAUUCCUGUUAUCAACUUAAGUAUUUAGAUAAAAUUUAUUUUUCUAAAUAAAAAUAUAUAUUUAUAAUUGAAUAAGAAAAUAUGAU